CUCCCCGCUGCGUGGGCCCUUUAAGUCCAUACAGCUGUUUGCUUCUCAUCGAAGUGUUCGGGGAGUGGUGGGCGCCUCCGGGUGUGGUGGUCGCCAGUCGUGCAGUUUGUUUUGCACCCGUGCAGGGCAGGUAGUGCGCAGACCACACGCUGCCCACUCCAAAGCUGUGCAUCAGUGGCUGCCUGCGUAGUCUCUCGGCUCGCGGUGAUGCUGAAGCGACCGCCGAAACAGUGAAACGUGGCAGUAAGUUAGUGAGAGGAAACUUAAGACGGUGAAACGGUGAAACAUACUAUAGAAGACACGGGGAAGACAUCACUGGAGAAAGAAACUGAAUACGGUGAAACGGUGAAACAUACUGCAGAAGACACGGGGAAGACAUCACUGGAGAAAGAAACUUAAGACGGUGAAACGGUGAAACAUACUGCAGAAGAAACGGGGAAGACAUCACUGGAGAAAGAAACUGAAUACGGUGAAACGGGGACACAAACUGCAGUGGAAGGGUUAACAUAGCGAAGAAACGGGAGAUUUUACGAUACGAUGUGAAGGAAAGACGCAGUGAAUCAGGUGGACUUGGUGGAAGGGGAUUUUGGUGGAAGCGAGAUUGAGAAGGUGAAACUACUGCGAUAUGUUGUGCAAAAAUGUGGCUUGAAACUGCAAUGAUGAAACGGUGACGCGUUGUGGUUGAUAACUGUGAUGAACUGACCACUAAGGAAAGGAGGAAGGAAGGAAAAAGAAUAGCUUCUGUCUUGUGUCAUUUGCUGAAAGAAAAAGAAAUCACAACGGACGAAGAAAAAGCAAUAACCACAAAAAAUAAAAAUAAAAACAAAAAGAAAAGGAAAUCACAUCAGACGAAAAAGAUAAUAAAAAAACACAUAAAAAGAGAAAAUACAGAAUAAGAAAAACUGAAAAUCAAAUCAGACAAUAGGAAUAACAAUAAAAAACUCCACCUAGUCCAAUAAAGGAAGAAAUCACACCUGACUAAGAAAUACCCAUAAAAAAAAUAACUUCUUCAAUCCCCCGCAACCAUGACGCUUUUGCAAAACUUCGACUACCUUGGGAGAGCGAGAGGGAGCGCCAAUCACGGGACCCUGGAUAGCCUGGACACACUGGACAGCCUAGCACAGACCGCCACAGCCCUUCUCACAGCCUCGGCCAGACACAGGACACAGGCAGGGACGGGACACAUUCGACUCACGCGAGACCUCAAAGUGCCGUGCGUGGAGGAGGACUCAGGGUACCAAACCAGCGAGAACGAGGCUGAGAACGAGAACUGUAAGGAGAACGGGAGGGAGACUUUAGACUUGGGGUACGAAAGGAAGCAAGGACCCGUCAGACACCCUUUUAGCCAUCACGGAUCUGACAUUUUGGACUUAUCGUGCCAAAGAGGAGAAAAUGGAAUUACUACAGACGGAAGUGAAGAAAAUUUGGACUCAUUACAUGAAAUAAGAAGAGGAAGACGUAUUAGGCAACCUUUUAGCCAGCAUGAGAUAGAGAUCUUGAACUUAUCGAACAGAAGAGAAGAAAAAGGACCUACCGGAGCUGGAACUGAAGAAAAUCUGAAUUCAUCCCACGAAAUAAGAAGAGAAAGACGUAUUAGACAAGCUUUUAGCCAGCAUGAGAUAGAGAUCUUGAACUUAUCGAACAGAAGAGAAGAAAAAGGACCUACUGGAGACGGGACUGAAGAAAAUUUGAACUCACCCUACGAAAUAAGAAGAGAAAGACGUAUUAGACAACCUUUUAGCCAGCAUGAGGUUGAGAUCUUGAACUUAUCGAACAGAAGAGAAGAAAAAGGACCUACCGGAGAUGGGACUGAAGAAAAUUUGGACUUAGAGCAAGAAAUAAGAAAACUGAAGCAUACCAAACGGCCUUUUAAUAGCAUCGGAGGUGAACUCUUUGAAUUACCACACGAAAUAAGAAAAAGAGAGACAAACAGAGUCUCCUUUAGCAACGAGAGCGAACAUUUCAACUUGGCAAAUGCGAGAAGAGAACACGAGCGGCUUCAAAAUAUCUUAACUAACAAGAGAGAACAUUUGCACGUAGGAAUCGAAAGCAGAAAACGAGAGCUUGACCCUUUGAGCAUCGGAAGCGAAACAGUUGACUCAGGACAUAAAAGAAUAAAAAGAAGACGAACUGAAAGGACUAUAAGUGACGAAGGUGAGGAUAUUUUGAGCCUAGGAGACGAAGAACAGGAAGAAAGGACAAAAAGAAGAAGUAGAGACUCAAUACAUGGCGAAGUUGAAGACGUUUUGAGUUCAGGACACGAAAGAGCAGAAAUAAGACGAACUGGAGACGAUACAAGAAAAAAUGUUAAGGAUAUUUUGAGCCCAGAAGACGAAGAACAGGAAGAAAGGACAAAAAGAAGAACUGGAGACUCAAUACAUGACCAACCUGAAGACGUUUUGAGCUCAGGACACGAAAGAACAGAAAGAAGACGAACUGGAGACGAUACAAGAGAAGAGGUUGAGGAUAUUUUAAGCUUAGAAGACGAAGGGAAGGAAGAUAAGGCUGAAGAAUGGGACUUAGCACAUGGAAGAACAAAAAGAAGAACUGAAGACUCUGUAAGUGACCCCGCCGAUGACAAUUCAAACCCAGACGACGAAGUAGACGAAAUAAAGGCUGAACCAGGAACAGAAGAGGCCCUUGACAACCCCCUUGCGGCCACAUCCACCCACUCACGACUCCACUGCUGCAACAACGGCUUCUUCAGGGCCACGGGCGGGACCCCAAGCGUCUUCGAGUCCAACUGCGGCUGCACGACACACAACCUGGUGGACUGGCGGACGAGAGUGACCUGGACGGACCCGAACCUCCUCCAUCAGGUCCGGGUCAGGGAAGUCACUGUUCUAAGCCCAUUCCGCACCUCUGCCAUCCCCUGGGGGCUUUCUGUCUCUCCCUGGAGGUCCUGCCCGACGCCCCAGUCCAGUCCCCAGCCCCAGCAUCCUCUAUCUCUGCCCCAGACGCCCCAGUCCCCAGUGUUAGUCCCCCAGCCCCCCGCCAGCGCGCCCCAGCAGCCCCUCAGAGUGAAAAAGGAGCAGAUGGAGGACGAUAAGAGUGUGGAAGAUGAUCGCGGGUACAGGUGCGGCCAGGUGGGGUGUGGACGCACCUUCUGCCGCAACGAGGAGCUGACGAGGCACCUCAGGAUACACUCAGGACAGCGCCCCUUCGUGUGCCAGAGGUGUGGGCGCCGCUUCGUUCGUCGUGACCACCUGACGAAGCACCAGCGCACGCACCUGCCCACCCAUGUCAAGCGGUCCUACACCUGCCCCCUACCGGCUUGUACGCACAGGUACACCCGCUCAGAUGCCCUCACCAGACAUAUGUGGACGGCCCAUCACCUCCGCGCGCGCCAGCCAACUCGGGGGAGGAGGGAACCGAGGGAAGAGCCGGCGCAGGACCCGAAGAAGUGAUGGACGGUGUAAUGCUGGUGUUCUCGAGCCCAUGAAGAGAAAGGGGUCCGUCUCGUGUUGUUGGAAUCGGUUUAAGAAAGAGAAUGAAAGAAAGGAAGAAAGAGAGAAAGAGAGGAAGAAAGAGAGAACGAAAGAGAGAAAGAAAGAAAGAAAGAAAGAAAGAAAGAAAGAAAAAUAAGAAGGAAAAAAAGAGAGAAAGAAAGAAAGAGAGAGAAAAAAGACAGAACGAAAGAGAGAAAGAGGAUGAAAGACGGAAAGAGAGAAAGAAAGAAAAAAAGAAAGUGGGAGAAAGAAAAAAAAAGAAAGAAAAAGAAAGACAGAAAGAGAAAAAAGAAUGAGAGAAAGAAAGAAAGGAGAAAGAAUAAAAGAGAGAAAGAAGAAAGAUUAAGUUCUGUAAAUAUCUUAAGUUGUAAAAAGCAAAAAUCGCGUAACUUCAUCCUGGUAACGAGUGUGAUGGCUGAAUUGAUAGGUGGAGAUUGAUGGUUAAGUAAAUAGAGCAAUAAAUACAUGAUUGAA